UCAUUAAACUUGAGAUUUGACUUAUUCAAUGAGGUUAUUUUGGUCCUAAAAUAUCAGUCUGACUUGGGUGAGGUUAAUCAUUACAAGAAAAAAAAAUACCCACCAUAUAAGCUCUCAUGCAACACCAAGCACAACACUUAGCAGUGAGUCCUUCACAUUACAAGCUCUUCAAGUUCAACAGCUGGGAGAAAACAAGAAGAGAAAAGAGAAGAUUAUGUAAUGGAGAUUGAAUCAGUUAAGUGUGAGUGUUGUGGAUUGAAAGAAGAUUGUACGCAGCACUAUAUCAGUGUAGUAAAGGCCGAAUUUUCUGGAAAAUGGUUAUGUGGGUUGUGCUCAGAAGCUGUACGAGAUGAAGUUGGUAGGGGAAACAAGGCAUUCGACAUGGAAGAAGCUGUGAAAGCUCACAUGUCAUUCUGUGGUAAAUUCAAUUCAAAUCCUGCAGUUGGAGUAGCAAAUGGUAUGAGACAGAUGCUAAGACGAAGGUCAGGGGACUUGACUUCUUCACCAUCUUCUUCUAAGAAGCACACCAGGUCGGCCAGCACAAAAUUGUAAUAAUACUCAUGGGAAGUAAAAUGGAAUAAUAUACAUAGCUAGCCACUUCUCCUGUACAGGGGAUGUUCUGUUUUUGUUUUUCACUACCUACUUGGUAUAUUUGAGUAUGUUCUUCAA